CCGCGCGGCGCCGUGUAUCCGCGGUUUGGAAGCGCCUGGGCCGCAAUUCGUGAUGCUUACGCAGUAGGAAGCGAGGAGGCAGGAAACGGGUCCGGGCCGUGCCGCUGAGUCGUUGUACGUGUCAAGACAGACCGGAAAUUGUAUUCCUCAAGAGACCGAUUAUUUUUGAGUCUGAUGUUUUUAAUCUUCAUUUUUGCCGGGCAGAGAGUCCGAAUAUGGGGCUGCCCGGCUCCGGGCCGGACGCUGACCCAACCCGCUGACCCGGAGCUUCAGAACCAUGGCGACGGAGGCAGGAGAGGCCAAGGCGGAGUCGGGCCUCCUCUCCUCAGCCAGUCGGAGCAAGCAAAUGCCUGAGAAACCAGACUAUGCUCUUAAAUUCACUCUGGUGGGACAUACGGAGGCUGUGUCGUCAGUUAAGUUUAGUCCUAACGGAGAGUGGCUAGCAAGUUCUUCCGCUGACAAAGUAAUUAGGAUUUGGGGAGCCUAUGACGGGAAGUAUGAGAAGACACUCUCUGGUCACAGCCUGGAGAUAUCAGAUGUUGCCUGGUCAUCAGAUUCCAGCCGUCUUGUUUCUGCCUCAGAUGAUAAAACGCUAAAGGUUUGGGAUGUGAGAUCUGGAAAAUGUUUGAAAACCCUGAAGGGGCAUAGUAAUUAUGUUUUUUGCUGUAAUUUCAAUCCACCAUCCAAUCUCAUCGUUUCAGGAUCUUUUGACGAGAGUGUGAAAAUAUGGGAGGUGAAAACAGGAAAGUGCCUCAAGACUUUGUCUGCUCACUCUGACCCGGUGUCUGCUGUUCAUUUUAAUUGUAGCGGGUCCCUGAUUGUGUCAGGUAGCUAUGAUGGUGUCUGUAGAAUUUGGGAUGCUGCAUCAGGCCAGUGUUUAAAAACACUUGUUGAUGAUGAUAACCCGCCCGUCUCUUUUGUAACAUUUUCUCCAAAUGGAAAGUAUCUUCUAAUUGCAACUCUGGACAAUACUCUUAAACUGUGGGAUUAUAGCAGAGGCAGAUGCCUGAAAACAUACACUGGUCAUAAGAAUGAGAAAUACUGCAUUUUUGCAAAUUUCUCAGUAACUGGUGGAAAAUGGAUUGUGUCUGGUUCAGAAGAUAAUCUGGUUUACAUUUGGAACCUUCAGACUAAAGAGAUCGUACAGAAACUACAAGGUCAUACAGACGUCGUAAUCUCAGCAGCUUGCCAUCCUACAGAAAACAUCAUUGCAUCAGCAGCAUUAGGAAAUGACAAAACAAUUAAACUGUGGACGAGUAAUUGCUAAUUCCUUUAGAAAUCAAGUAGUAGAGCCAAGUUGGAAAAAAAGUAUUUAAGAAGAUGGGUUUCUCUUAAGUUUGGCAUGGUUUUGCAUUUCUUUUUAACAGUCUUAAGACUUCAAACCUAUUACCUAAAUUUACAAAGCAAGACAAUUGGAAAAGCAAGUCUAAAAUUUAGGGCUUCUCACCCUUAAUCUUCAGGUCUGGUAAUAACUUAUGUCUGUCCCUGAACAGAUGGCCAUUCUGUGUCUCUCAAUAUUUUUGAAAAAUGUUUGGAAGUAAGGUUCACAAAAUAGGAUGACUGAUUAAAUGAGGGGAGCCAGAGUUUGGAAUCACUCCAGUUAUUGGUUUGGAAGAUGAGUAAGAGCAUAAGCCUGGGAUAGUGGUGGAUUGGAGAUAUAUGGCAGCUGCCACUUACAUGAAAUGGUUCCAUGGAACCAAGUUCAUAUAAACUGGGGAAACUAAGUCAUGGUUAGGUUUGUUGUGAGAGUCUGAACAUUUUAAGUUGUAUGGUUUUUUAAAAAAUGAUUUUGAGAGAGAGUUCCAGUGAGAGAGUACAAGCAGGAGGAGGAGCGGAGGGAGAAGCAGGUUUCCCACUGAGCAAGGGAGCCCAACGUGGGGCUUGAUCCCAGGUGGGAUCAUGACCUGAGCCAAAGGCAGCCGAUUAACCAGAUGAGCCACCUGAGUGCUCCACAUUUUAGGUUUUUUAUCAAGAUAAAAACUAAAAAUAAAUGAACAUCAUAAAUGGCAUUUUCCUGAGGGACUUCUCCACUACCCUGUCAUAUUGUGCCCUCAUGAUUAUCAGGCAAGCUACAUGUCUAAAUGGUGAGGCUAUUCUCUUUCACUAUGUGUCUGACGAGUAACUCCUACCCCUACUUUAAACUCGGUUCAGAAAUCACCACUUUGUGGACCAUCGCUGCCUACCUGACUCCAACCACACCACACAGCUAAAUUAGGUUUUUUUCUUUCUAUAGCUAGAAAGCUUACUCCUUACUCCUCUUUUACCAAAAAUAUUUGCUAUAGCUUUCUAUAGCAAACCAAUUUGUUUUAUAAUGAUUUCACCGGCCAUGUUUCCAGCAUAUUACAAGCUCUAGAAAGAAGUAGGUUUUUAUUCAUUUUUGUUUUCUCAGUAUUUACAUAUAUAAGGGACUACGGUAAUGUUUGAAUGACAAUGAAUUAUACUAUCACCACUUCAUUCCUUGCCUAUUUUUCAAUAAAUGUUUGGAAUCAUA